AUGGAUGGUCAUGUCAAUAUGCCUGCUUCAUCAAUGCAUCGUACUUCGUCUGCUGAACGAAUUGCUGCCGAAAGUCUACCAGAUCGAAGGGCAAGCGAACCGGCAAAAGUGUUUAUGAAACCAUUGCGUACGAACGCAGUACGAAGGCACACAGAGAUGGAACUUUCACCUGCUGACAAAGAUGCGAUCGAAGUGGAAAAUUAUAAACGACAAUUAGCAGUGAUGGGCAUCGCAGAAGCACCAUCAUUCGUACCAAAAGCCACUCGAUCACAAUUGAUCAGCCGAGGCAGCAGUGCAGGACAAAGCAGUAACAGUGGCAGAGGAAGUAGCGGUGGCAGUAAUCCUGCUCCUCCUCCAUUCGGCAGCACCUCAAAAACAAACCUGUUCUCAUUCUUCAAAAGUUGUUCGACUAGAUGGAGCCAGCGUCGACCUACAACCAUACCUUCGAGUGAUGAUAGCGAUGAUAAUGUAUCCUAUAACACAACAAAUCCUUUCCAAAAUGAUACCUUGCCAGCAAAACGAGACGAUCUCGUUGUCAUACCACCAAAAGGAAGACUAUGGCUCGAUUCAGGAGCGGAGAGAGCACGCAUGGAAGCGCAUGAUCUGCCAUCACCUUUCAGUUUCAAUUCUCCCAAUAUGUAUUCUACUUCGGGAGCAGAAAGUCGUGGCUCAAGUAUACGAUCACCACCAUCUUCCGUCGGCAGUUCGCGCAAGAGUGCCAAUGCAAAACAACUGAUCCUCGAAAGAGCGACAGAAGCAGGUGAAAAUCUUGCCAGUAGGCCAUAUCUGACCAGUUCCAGGAGAUUCAGUACGAGUGCCGCUCUUCCUACUCUUGCAUCAAAUGGAAUUCAUUCAACAAAUGCACAAAUACGAGAAAAGAAUUCUCGAAGCUCAUUCUUGCCUUCGCCUGCAAUCAUUUCUCCAACAAACUUGUCGGAUAAAAGUGCGAUAGAUUUUGAUGAAAUGCAAAGAUCUUUACGUACGACGAUGGGAGCUGCAGAAAGACGGCAACGUUCGCAAGCACGACCAAAAACUACGCCUAAUCCGUCUCGCACCAUAGCACAUUCGGCUAGAGCUGGUAGGAUUGAUGAAGUGUCUGAUACGAAUCCUGAAGAUUUAGUGAAUGCAUUCAGACAAGCAGUGGAUGAAGAUGUUAAUCGAACGCAAAAGACACACACUCCCGUGUCUCCGCUAGGCACACGUUCACCACCUCCUUUUGGUCAUUCGGUUGAUCAUUCAAGAAAUCUUCGCCCACGAACAUCACGCGGAAGCUUAUUGUCAUCGGAUGGAGGGACAGCAAGAUUUGGUUCUGUACGUGAGGGAAGCGUUUCUGAACGGCCCAGAACACGAACGGGAGAUGGUGGUUCAGUGAAACCUUUUGGAUUUGGUGUGGUGUCGAAUGGUACGAGAAACAUGCAAAAUACUGGAGAGCAAGGCUCCGAAGCGGAAAAUGAUCUGGAGAAGAACAGUGAAUCGCUUGAACAUCCUUUAGAGCGUAUCACAACUCGUAGUACCGUGGAAGACUUGAUGUAG